AUGGCGCAGCAACUAAUUCAGAUGGACCAGGAAAGACUCUGCUGUUCCAUCUGCCUGGAUCUACUGAAGGAUCCAGUGACUAUUCCCUGUGGACACAACUACUGUAUGAACUGUAUAAAAAGCCACUGGGAUGAAGAAGAUCAGAAGAAAGUCUACAGCUGUCCUCAGUGCAGACAGACCUUCAGACCGAGGCCUGCCCUGGUGAAAAACACCAUGUUAGCAGAUUUAGUGGAGGAGCUGAAGAAGACAGAACCUCAAGCUGCUCCAGCUGAUCACUGCUAUGCCGGACCAGGAGAUGUGUCCUGUGAUUUCUGCUCUGGGAGAAAGAUGAAAGCUCUCAAGUCCUGUCUGCAGUGUCUGGUCUCUUACUGUGAGCAACACCUCCAGCCUCACUAUGAAUCCGCUGCCUUUGAAAAACACAAGCUGGUCGACCCCUCCAAGAAGCUUCAGGAGAACAUCUGCACUCAUCACAAUGAGAUAAUGAAGAUUUUCUGUUGCACUGAUCAGCAGUGUAUCUGUAUUCUCUGCUCCAUGGAUGAACAUAAAGGCCACGACACUGUCUCAACUGCAGCAGAAAUGACUGAUUCAGCAGAGAAUCCAGGACAGAGAGGAAGAUGUGAAAGUGCUUCAGGAAGAUGUGGAGGCUAUCAAUCGUGCUGCUGAUAAAGCAGUGAGGGACAGUGAGAAGAUUUUUACUGAUCUAACUAGCUGGAGCAACUCUCACACACAGAGGACCCCAUCCAGUUUCUACGCAAGUAUCCCCCUUUGUCAUGUUGUAGUGAAUCGAUAUUCGUCCUGUACUUCAUUUUAAGGAUGUGAUGGUGGCUGUGUCAGAGGCCAGAGAUAAACUACAGGACAUUUUUAGUGAGGAAUGGACAAAAAUCGAACUGUCACUGACUGAAGUGGAUGUUUUACUGCCACAAGCAGAGCCCAAGACCAGAUCUGAGUUCUUACAAUAUUCACAUCAAAUCACAUUGGAUCCAAACACAGCAAACACACGUCUUUUGAUAUCUGAUGGAAACAGAAAAGCAACACUUAUAAGUGACUCAGUAAUGAAGAUGAAAGUGGAAAUUAACCAAGUUACCUCCACAGUCUUCAGGUCCUGAGUAGAGAGAGUUUGACUGGACAUUGUUACUGGGAGGUGGAGUGGAG